AGGCCUGUGCCCUGGCCAGGAAUGGCACCGUGACCCUCUGGCUCCUAGUCCACGCUCAACCCCUGAGCCACGCCCGCCCCGGGGCCCACCGCUGGUUUCAACCGCCACCCACCCGGGUGCCUCCUUCCCCUUUAAGAGGGACCCCCGUGGCCCCAGGGCUGCAAGGAGCUGGCUUGCGAUUGGCCAGUCGGUGCUGCGGCCGGGCCCCACGAUUGGCUGAGGCUAAGGGUCGGGCUGCACACCCCGCGGGAUUGGCCGCGGCCGCUCAGAGCCCGCCUCCCGCGCUGCGACGCAGCCCCGCGUGGCGCAGGGGUAGGGCGCGGGCCGCAGGGGCGGGCGCGUUCGCGGGAACAUGGCGGCGCCGGACCUCGACCAGAUCCCCGAUGUGGACAUCGAUCCCGACGGCGUCUUCAAGUACGUGCUGAUCCGCGUCCACGCGGCGCCGGCGGGGCAGAGCAAGGAGAUCGUGCGCGGCUACAAGUGGGCCGAGUACCACGCUGACAUCUUCGACAAGGUGUCGGGCGAGAUGCAGCAGAAAGGCUAUGGCUGUGAGUGCCUGGGCGGCGGGCGGAUCUCCCACCAGAGCCAGGACAAGAAGAUCCACGUGUACGGCCACUCCGUGCCCCAAGAGAUCUAUUUGGCCCCGGCCCGCGUGGUUCAGUGGUUGAGCAUCGACCUAGGAACCAGGUCACCGUUCGAUUCCCAGUCCCCAGAGAGGGGUGUGCAGGAAGCAGCCCGUCAAUGAUUCUGUCUCAUCAUUGGUGUUUCUGUCUCCCUCUCCCUUCCUUUCUGAAAUCAAUAAAUAUAUAUACUUUCAUAUAAAGAGGCCUGGCUGGGCUGUCCCUGAGGCCUCAGUAUCGGGGUGUCACCCAGAGGCCAGCAGGGCAUUCUCUUGGCGCCUAGAAUAGCCUGGGCUUCAGCGAGAGAUCUGUUCACCGUGGUGGCCACCUUCCCGCCAACGGGCUCCUUGGGUGGUUGGGAAUGAUGGCCCUCGGCUCCACCCUGGGGCCCGGCCCUGCACUGGCUCCGGGGUGUCACUGCUCACUGGACCCCCGGAGCCAGGACCCCGGCUGUGAGGCGCCUUCUUUCGUCAGGGGUUCGGCCGUGCCCAGCACUCCAUCUCCACCGAGAAGAUCAAAGCCAGGUACCCGGACUACGA